AUGACAGCCACCCUUGCCUCCCCAGCCUCCAUGGUUGCCACCACCAGCGUGGCGGCGACGGCGGCUGCGUCACGGCUCUUCACACCACUUCGGGUUGGGCGGCAUAUUCAGCUGCCGAAUCGCUUCUACAUGCAGCCCAUUUACCUCAACAUGGAGAGUGAGCUCAAGUGGUACAGCGACGAGCACAUGGCCGCGAUGGCCGCCUUCUUUGGCGAACGGGCGCACUACGGCGCGAAACUGAUGGUGGUCGGCGGCCUCGGUACUUCGAGACUCGGCCGGUGGAAGAAGGAUGCGCUGAUGUUAGGCACCUUCGAUGCCGCCAAAGCGCUCUCGCGUGUGACGAGAGUUGUGCACAGCGAGGGCGGCUACGUGCUCGCCCAAGCCUUCCACGCAGGCCGCGCUGCCCGCAAGCGCCACUUUGUGUCGGCCACGUCGACACCGUCGCCGGUGCAGCCGGUGCGAAACACGCACCCGUACCGGAUACCCGCCUUCAUGGUGAACUACGUGGUGUCCGAGUACGAGCGGUUUGCGCGGCUGGCGGAGGAUGCUGGCUUUGACGGGGUCGAGAUCCCCGUCAGCGAGGGCAGCCUCCUCCACAACUUUCUCUCCUCCGCUGUAAACACGCGGAACGACGCCUUUGGCGGGUCGUUGGAGCGCCGACUCGAGGUGACGGUGCGAGUGCUCGAGACCAUCAAGAACUCCCUUGCGAACCCCGACCGCUUUGUCGUCUCACUGAGGCUGUGCCUGCACGAUCUGAAGCCCGGCGGCACGUCGAUGGCGGAGACGCUGCAGGUGGCCGAAGUACUUGCCAAGAGCGGCCGCAUCGACCUCUUGAACACGAGCGUCGGCAUGCACGACUCGCCAGUGCAGACGCUGUCGGCCUACGUGCCACAUGGCGCGUUUACGCGCUCCUGUCAGCUGCUGAAGGAGCGGCUGACGGAGGUUGGCGCGGUGGGUGUGCCUGUGGUUGCGUCGCACCGUCUGCACACGAUCCAGCUCUCCGAGAGCCUGCUUGAGAAGGGGGUGUGCGACAUGGUCGGCGUGGCGCGGCCGCUUCUCGCGGACCCGCAGUACAUCUCCAACGCAGCAGCGGGGCGCAGCGAGGACAGCAUCCCGUGUAUCGGGUGCAACCACUGCAUCAACCGACUCUACAAGCACCAGCGCAUCACGUGUGCGUUGAACCCCAUCACUGGCUACGAGCUCCAGCGUGGGUGGAAGCCUGCCAAGUACCGAAAGUCGGUCGCUGUUGUCGGAGCUGGCGCGGCAGGCGUGACGUGUGCGCUGACGCUGUGGCGCCGUGGCCAUGACGUCACACUUUUCGAAAAGGAGAGCGUCAUUGGUGGCCAGCUGAACCUUGCGAAGCGAGUGCCUGGCAAGGAGAACUACCAGGCAGUGCUGGAGUACUGGACGCGGCAGCUGCGGCAGUCCUCUAUCAACGUGCGCCUCAACACUGAAUUCACCCGCGAAGAGGUAGCUCGCAACCACCAGUUUUUCCACGCUGUUGUCAUGACACACGGUUCGGUGCCACGCCGCAUCUCGUCCCACGUCUUCCCCGGCGCAUCCGAGUGCCCGCUCGUCGUGCCCUUCCAUCGCAUCUUGGACGGCAGCGUCACGGCUGGUCGCCGCGUCGUCAUCGUCGGCAACGGCGCCAUCUCGCACGACGUCGCCUCCUUCUUGCUGCACGACCCCCGCGUCUCGCGCGAGAUCUCGCUGUACCUGGACGAGUGGGGCAUCAACCUCGAAGACGGCAGCUUGCUGGAAAGUCCGGAACAACGGAUGCCGCGCAACAACCGUGUGGUCACCAUCUUCAACAAGGCGGACAAGGAUGCGGACCUUUCGCGAGGUUGGGGCUGGACGCAGAAGCUGUGGAUCAAACACCACGAGAGCACCGUGGUGAAGCACGGCAUGAUCGAGAACUUUGACGCCAAUGGGGUGCACAUCUCCAUACUGCCACCGGACAGCCGCAAGCUCUUCGUGCCGUGCGAUACCGUCGUGUGGUGUAUUGGCAUGCUGCCGAACAUCACCUAUGGCACGUGGAUUUACGAGUGGAUGAAGGACGGCGCGAAGGUGCGGGGCGAAAUGGUCGGUGACUUUAGCCUCUACACGGCCGGCUCGUGCCGCGACAGCUACACCGGCGACGGACACGGUGAAGAGGACCUUCUGCAAUGCGUCCACGAGGGGUACGAAAUUGGCUACAAAAUAUGA